AAUUGAUACUUUAUUGAUCCCCGUGGGGAAAUUGUUUUUAUGCCUCCCUCAACUUGCUCUUUGUAGAGCAAGAAAUUAAGAAAUGUGUCCCUAAGUGUAAUGCCCCCUACUGCCCAGUUCGAGCUACAGACACUUAAUGGCCAUUUGACUAUGUAUCAGGAACUGACACUUCCUCUGCAUGUGUACUGGCAGGGGUUAUACUGGUACAUGGCGGGACUGGGAUUAAAAAUAGGCCCUGGGGUUUGGGGUCCCCCAUGAUGAAUUUUGCUGACCCACUGGGAAAAUGCCCGGUAUGCCAGAUGCCCAGUCCAGCCUUGGGGUGCAUUUCCCAGAAGCACAGUUGCCAACUACGUCAGCAACUUGCGUAGUUGGAAUCAUACAACCGAAUAGCUUCUGUGGGAGCCAUUUAUAACUUUGGGGUGUAUUAUGUAUUUUGGCCACUGGGGGGUGUAUUGCACAGGGUGGUUUGAUCACGUGAGGAUAGGUGGGUAUGUGGUCACGGUAUGAAUAGGUGGGUAUUAAUAGGUGUUUUCCGCUUGGAUAGUGUGGAUGGCGGAGGGAACACGGUUCUUACCGUAGCACCUGUAAGACAGCAUGCUACAAACAGCAUGCCGUCAGCACAUUGUACCCCACAAGUGUUGCAGGUUAAAGCAAACGGUCAUUUUUAUGUGAACCGAAGAUUUGGAAUAAACAGGAACAUCACCUAACUGCAGAGACCGCCUGGACAUCGGUUAUUUGUAGCUACAUGUUGAGAACACUUGGCCAUCCAUUCUGAGGCUUACAGGAAAGCCUCUACAGGUUCAGCUGCGUAAGUUACUAACAGUAGCUUUUGGGAACUGCACCCCUGUUUGGGACAUUGCCUGCCUGAUAAGGAGGAUACCUUCUUACAUCUUGGUGUGUGAGUUUGAGCGUUGAUCCGUAGGCCGAAGCCAUUAGCCUGACCGUACCAGGGCGCCUACUCAGACCUGCAGUGCGCCCCCCAGGUCGAUGGCGGUUCACCCCCGGCGUGUGCGACUCAAGCCCUGGCUGGUAGCCCAGGUGAACCUGGGGCUGUACCCAGGCCUGGUGUGGCUGGACCGAGAGGCGAAGAGAUUCCAGAUCCCCUGGAGGCAUGCUACACGCCACUCCCCUCAGCAGGAGGAGGAGAACACCAUCUUCAAGGCCUGGGCUGUGGAAACGGGGAAGUUCCGGGAAGGUGUGGACGAGCCAGACCCGGCUAAGUGGAAGGCCCAGCUCCGUUGUGCCCUCAACAAGAGCCGCGAGUUCCAGCUGGUGUACGACGGCACCAAGGAGGUGCCCAUGAACCCACUGAAGGUCUACAAUGUGUGCGACAUCCCCCAGCCAAUCAGCAACCCAGGCUCAACAAGCUCGACCCCGGCAGAUGACGAUGAUGAUGACUGUGGCGACACUCCUGAUUCACCCCUUCCACCGUACCCAAGCAACGGUGCUGACCACUCCCCUGCCUGGUCAUCCUCGAGCUGCCCCCCACCGGCCGAAACAUGGCCUCCUAAAGAGGAGCCUGUGGACAUGGAAGUCCAUGUCCCACCCUUGCCUGAGUCUCUAUUUACUUCCCCAGAGAUGUGGAUCAGCUCCCUGCCCAUGACAGACCUGGAGGUGCAGUUCCAGUACCGAGGCAGGGAGGUGUGCCCAACCAUGACGGUCAGUAACCCCCAAGGCUGCCGGCUCUACUACGGGGACCUGGGCCCCAUGGUGAACCAGGAGGAGCUGUUUGGCCCGGUGAACCUGGAGCAGCUGCGCUUCCCCAGCACCGAGCACAUCGCCAACGACAAACAGCGGCUCUUCACCAACCGUCUGCUCGACGUCAUGGACCGCGGUCUCAUCCUGGAGGUCAGCGGGCACGACAUCUAUGCCAUGCGCCUCUGCCAGUGCAAGGUGUACUGGUCCGGGCCGUGUGCGCCCAACCCCACCACCUCCAACCUGAUCGAGCGCCAGAGGAGGGUCAAACUCUUCUCCCUGGAAUCCUUUCUUAGUGGUGUGAUUACCCACCAGAAAGGGCAGUCGGAGCGCCCCCCACAGUUCGAGAUCCAGCUCUGUUUCGGAGAGGAGUGGCCAGAUGGCAGACCUUUGGAGAGGAAGCUCAUCAUGGUGCAGGUGGUCCCAGUGGUGGCACGCAUGAUCACGGAGAUGUUCACGGGCGAUGGCACGCGCUCAUUUGACAGCAGUAGUGUGAGGCUCCAGAUCUCUGUGCCUGACAUCAAGGAUAACAUCGUAGCUCACCUGAAGCAGCUCUACCACCUACUUCAGACUCACCAGAGCCCCGAGGGCUGGAUGGGGACCCCUCCCAUGCAGCCCCAGUGAGGACUUCAUCCCCCCUCCCCCACAACAACACCUCUGAAGAAUGAUAGCAGUGUCUCCCAAUCCGGUCCUUGGGAACCCACAGACCGUCCAUGUUUUUCUCUCUCCCAGCUCACAGUAGACUGUGGACUGUCUGGCAGAGAGCUGGGAGGGAGCGAAAACGCGGACGGUCUGUGGGUCCUCGAGGACCGGGUUGGGAAACACUGGUAAUAGUAUAGAAUAGAUCAGCCUUUCACCUCUGACUUGAGUCACAUGACAUCUGAAGUGCCCUGUUAGUCUCUGAGGUCCUCCCAGGGCUCUUAGUGUUUCCAUCUUGCUUAUUUUGUGAUGUUCUGUGUUAAUUUUCCAGAAACUUCUGGCUAAAGUGUAUUCUGCUUCUCAAAUUGUUAUAGGCAUUUUUCUAAAGGUGACAUUAAUCAUAACAUUUUUAAUGUAUUUAGAUUUGAUGAUCAGGCACUUAACUGUAGUUUUGGGAGAAUUACACCCAUGCUUGUGGUUAGAGGUCCCUUCAUGCGCCGCCCCCCCCCAAUUUAAGAGCUGUUCUGUGCAUUUAACCAGUAUGUCAUGAUCCUUUGUAAUCCCUGUGAAUUUGUGAGUGUGACCCUGAGCCGGGAUUUUAAUGCUUGUAGUGCUGUUUUGUGGUGAUUCUCGAGCACAGGACCGACUAACCUCUGUGAGAAUGUUGUUGUGGAACGUAAGGAAACAUCUGUUUAAAAGUGAGACUACCAGCAGUAGUAAUGCAGUGGACAAUGUGUCUGAACUAGGAAGUGAACUGGGGCAAUUGGAAAGUGCUGUUACCUGUGCUGGAAAUGUAUAAUUCAGAUGAUUGCAUGCAGGAAAUAUACUUAAGAUGCAUUUUUUUAUAUUACUGCUGUAGUAGAGAUGAAUAGUCUGAGGCUGUGUUUUAAAUGUCUAGGUUUUUGUGUAGAAAUAUGCUUUUUCCUUAUAAAAUGGAACGUAUUUAGAGACAUUUUUUUAUAUAUAUUAUCUUGGCAUGUAUAUAAUUUUUGUUAUAUUAAUUGGCCUGUUCAGUGAACGUUCUCCUCUGAAACCCUGCAUUUCAGGCAGAUGCCAGUACUGAGGAUCAGUGAUAGAAAUUCGUAAUUGCAGUCACUGGCUUUUUGCUUUUGUUAAAAACGUGCAUUUCUGAUAUGAACAUAUUCAGUUAUACAGAUUUACAGCACGGGUAAAUGCUUCUAACAAAGCAGCACGUUUACUAAAUUUACGGCAUAGAUAUUAAACGUGCAGCCAUUCUGUGCCAUUCUGUGUGGCUCUGUGUAAUUCUGCUGAAGUGACACUAGAGGGCUGUAUGGAGCAGGACUGAAUAACUUCUGUAGGCCUUUUCCACUGUGCAACCUUGUGGAUCUUGCGCAAAACACUAAUGUUGCGUCUUUACUCUUAGUCUAAACAGUUUCUGGCUUCCAUCUAAGGAGAUAGACAGAUUAUAAAUAUUAAUGAGGUCUUCACAAAAAUAAAUCCUUAUUUUGACUAAACAAAA